AUGGUCUGGACUACCCACGAGCAUCCACCAACUCCGGUCCACGCUCUCCUCGUUCACAAUCUUUGGCAGAUCAUCGUGAUCGUGAUCCUUAUGAUCCCAGAUCCGGUGAACCAUGAUCGUCGUGGCUACAAUCGAAACUUUUACACUGGCGGGGAAGAUGAUGAAUAUCGACACACCCGUGAUUUCACCCCUGGGCACAAUCAGAGUCGCUACCACGAAAUUGAUUCUGAUUAUCGUGGUGACGCCCGUGAGGCACCCAAUCCACCUUCACUCGACCGCCAGCAUACCAGUCACAAUGAGGAUGGCCAUCGUCAUCCUGAUCGAUACAAUGCAGGCCCCGCACGCAGUCACUAUGCCAUAGAAGACCCUCACAAUCUCGCAAAGCGGUCUUACAACGAAGAGGAUGUGGGACAUCCUGUCAUGGGUGCUACUUACCCUGAGCCACCUCCAAAGAAGCGUAAGAUAUCGCAGUUGGAUGACGGCGCUAUCCGCAAGGUUGCUCCCUUGCCAGCACGGCGAAUCCCAUCUGGUGGUCGCCCGACCUCUCCAAACAACGGCAGGCCAGGUUCUUCGAAGGAUUUGUCGAGAGGUUAUCCUCCGAACGGAAGGCGCUAG